AUGUGGGCUCUCCGGGCCUUGGCCAUCAUGUUGAGCAUCCAAGCAGGAACACUUGAUCCGGUGGGAAUUUCCUUAACAGACAACAAUCUCGCUGCUCCCGUGCCCCCUGUAAAUCCUCGCCCUCUUAUACUACCAAGUAUAAAAGAUUCCUCCAGCCAUCAAGGUUUGCCUUCCCAAAAGCAUUCAGCUGCCUCCAAAACUGGCAAGUGUUCUCCUGCAGCCAGGUACUUCUAUUCCAGUGGCAAACUCCAAGACUAUCUCAUGGGCACUCUUCCCCAACAAAUCGAGGACAUGGUGAAGUGUGAGGAAGUUAAAAUGGGAGGCCUAAUCGGGGAUGUGUUAAGCCUGGCAGAGGACACUGAACUGCUCUCAUUGUUAAAUAUCGAGAACCUCCUACAAGCGGCAGGUGGCCUUGGCCUAGGUAAAGAAGGCGAUGAUUCUGCAAAGCCCUCAUCCGACUCCAAAGGCUCUGGUGGUCUCAGCAAAGUACUCUCGGGCGGCCUCCCAAUCCUGGGCAGCUCACUAAACCUUGGUGACAAGAGCUCUGAAAAAGGACUCCUGAAGAAACACCUCUCCAAUAUCACAAAUUCUCUGGAUGGUGUAGUUGACGAUGUAAGCAAUGUGAAAGACUCCAUCCAGGAAAAGGUGAAUGAAGUAGUCCCAGACAAAAUCAAAGACUCACUUGAAGGUGUGCUUAAGACGAAAAACAAAGAUCUUGGGCUCAGCUUUAUGGUUGAAAGUGUAAAAGAAGACGAAACGAACAUUAAAAUGGCAGCUGAUGAGAUCCAAGUCCACUCCGAAGUUACUGCCACCAUAGGUGGAAAAGGCCUGCUUGGACCUGUCAUCUCCUUACUGCAACUACAAUCCAAGAUGACUGUGAUGAUAAAAAUUGGUAUUUCCUCCAACAACACCAAAUGUGUCACUCUUGAUGUCCAAGACACCCAUAUCCAGGUCAACACAUUGAGCAUUCAGUUAGUAGAAACACUCGAAGAAAGUGUGCCGCUGCCUGUGCCUUUAGACUUGAAUGACAUCCUCCCUAUGCUGCUGACAAUAAAGAUAAAUGAGAACCUGGAGGAAUCCACCUCCUGUGGCAUCGACCUCAGUGGCUUCAAUGACUGCAAGAACACUACCGGUUUGUUCUCGUACACAAUCCGAACUCCCAGGAUCUCUCCCGAAGGACUUACCAUCCUCUACUGUGUUAAAGGCAAUUUCAGCCAAAAAGCAGAACCUGUGAUUGGAACUCCUCUGUGUCCAAAUCCCAAAAAUGCCAGCAUUGCUUUAACUAUUUCCUCCUCGAUGGUGACAAUGCUUCUGAAAUUCGUGGCUGAGAACAGCUCUGUCCAGAUGAAUGACCUGAAAGCAAAGUUCGACCAUGUCAAGUAUAAGUUCCUGGAAAACAAAACCCUCACCAUCACAUAUGACUUUACCAUAAAAAGGGACGGUAGAAAUUUUGCCAAUGGGAAAACGAAAUUAAUCAUCUCUCAUAACAGCAAGAUUUCAGGUUACAAAGUGUCACCAGACCUCAAACUCAUAAGCUUUCAGAACAGUGUGAAGCCCGAGGAGUAUAGGAACGAGGUGGAAGACACUCUAUCUCAACUCGUAAAUAAGACCUGGUCUGGUAUCAUUGACUACUACAAGAAGAUGAAUCUUCCAGUCGGAGUGUCUUCACUUCCUUUAAAGAAUGCCACUGUCAACUCACUGAAAUCAAACGACCUUCAGGCAGCAAACUGA